CAGUCAUGGCGUCUGAUGGUGGCAAUGCGGAUACGUACGCAUACGAGGAGGAGCAGGAGCGCAAGGCACUUUUACAGAGCUUGCAUGGUCCGAUGAAGACGUGGUUUCACGGAGGGGAGGCGAGCAGUAUCAAGGAGCGGUUCGGGCCAUACCCCACAUUCUGGCAAGACUUGUUGACCUGGGAGCAUACGCGGGUCGUGCAAAAGCUCUAUUUACGCUGGAUGGACACAGGCGCGAGUGGAGAAGCCUUGCUGGCCAUUUUGGAGGCAAAUAUGGAGAAGCCCAAGGAAGGAGAGAAGGGAGUGGACGAAGGGGGAGAGGCACAAAACGGCAAGCAGGAAAAGGAGGCCGACGAGGGAAGGACCGGUCCGGGAGAGACGACCACCUCGAAUAUAGAGAAGCCGGCAGAGGCCCAGGCGACAGAGCCACAGAAGGAAGAGAAGGAGCAGAAGCGGAGGAGCCGGUGGGGGGCCACGGAGGAGGGCGGAGGGGGGGAAGCAGGGGAGGGCAAACGGCGGUCGCGGUGGGGCGACGGGGGGGCCGACGGCAACAAGAAGAAGUCACGGUGGAGCCAGCCCGAGGCCACUCCCAGCUCCUCCAUGGAUCCGGACACGCUCCAGGAGAUCAUAGCCCUUCAGCUGCGCCUCGACAACAUCCAUCAACGCACGGCCACUGUUACCAUGGACGCGCUGGCCCAGGAGUCAAACCCAGACAAGUCGCCGUCUCCGCCUCCUAUCUAUGACAGUCACGGGAAGCGUUUGAACACGCGGGAAGAGCGUAUGAAGGCAGCGCUCAAGAAGGAACGGCAGGAUGUCAUCGAGCGCCUCCUCAAGAUCAACCCUCUCUUCCGCCCCCCGGCUGACUACGUGCGCCAAAAGCCCUUCCGCCGUCUUUACAUUCCCAUCAAAGAGUUUCCGACCUACAACUUUAUCGGGCUCAUUAUCGGACCUCGCGGGGCCACGCAAAAGCAGAUGGAGAAGGACACCGGUGCCAAAAUAUCCAUCCGAGGCAAAGGGUCUGUGAAGGAAGGCUCGCGCAAUCGCAUGCUUGGAGCGAACAAGGACGUGCAAGACGAGUUCGACGACUUGCACGUCCAUGUCAGCGGCGAGACCGAGGAGAUCGUGGAGAAGGCGUCGGAGAUGGUUGCGAAACUGCUGAUUCCCAUCGACGACGCUGUGAAUUCUCAGAAAAUGGAGCAACUGAGGCAGCUGGCCCUGAUCAAUGGCACGCUCCGCGAAGACGAGUACUGCAACCUAUGCGGAGAGAAGGGUCAUCGUCAGUUUGAAUGCCCCACGCGACACAACACGAAGGUGAAGAUGGUGAACGUCAAGUGCGCGAUUUGCGGGGAUACCUCCCAUCCCACCCGCGAUUGCAGGAUGGGCGGCCAGGCGGGCGCCCAAAGCGGGAAUAAGGAAGUGCUGGAUCAAGAAUACCUUAACUUUAUGGCCGAGCUGGGCGAGGGUCCUCCUCCUUCUUCUUCCGCUGCCCCCCCUCCGCCCCGUUCCUCCCCCCGGCAAGAGCAAAAAGACGCAGCCCCUCCCCCCCCUCCGGCGGCGCCCCCCACGGCCGCUCACACUUCCAGCUCUUCUUCCUCCACUUCCUCCUCCUCACCUUACUACAACACACCGGGCGCCUCCGCAGGCGGGGGUCAACCGCCCCAUCAGCACACGGGCGCUCCUUCUCCGUACUACCAGACGCCCGCAGGAAGCGGAUAUGGCUACGCUUCCCACUACGCCCAGCCCCCUCCUCAACACGGCGCACCCUACGGGGCCAACUCCCUCGCUGGAGGAGGUAUGGGGGGAUACGAGUACGCGGCGUACUACCAACAGCAGCAGGCCGCCGCAUCCGCCUACUAUUCUCAGCAACAGCACUAUCACCCGCAGUAUCACAUGCACGGGGCUUAUGCAGAUGGAGGGCCUCCCCCUCCC